CCGCAGACCCGCAGAUGAAAGCAGCUCAACGCGCUCUGUAGACGUUGACAGUAGCUCGAGUGCUUUGCACCUGGACGGACGGACGAGGCUCCUUUGCUGUCCCUUUCUUUCCCCUCCUCCGGGAUCUAAGCGACUCGGUUCUCGCGUACUGCUCGGCUCCUCAGUCGCGAAGGGAUGCCCAGAGAGCUGACCCAGAACAGGAUCCAAAAGAUCUGGGUGCCCACCAAGGAUAAAGAGCCGCCACCCCGCAGAGCAGCCGGCGCCCCGCACUUCGCCAACCCCCCCACCGUCAUCGUGAUGGUGGGUCUUCCGGCUCGAGGCAAGACGUACAUGUCCAAGAAACUCACCCGCUACCUCAACUGGAUUGGCAUGCCCACCAAAGUCUUUAACGUGGGCGAGUACCGCAGGGAGGCGGUCAAGAACUACAGCUCUUAUGACUUCUUCAAGCCUGAUAAUGAGUGUGCCGUGAAAAUCCGACAGCAAUGUGCCUUAGCAGCCUUGAGGGACGUCAAGUCCUAUUUGAAGGACGAGGGAGGCCAAGUAGCGGUCUUCGAUGCCACGAACACAACAAGAGAAAGGCGAGACAUGAUCCUCCAGUUUGGCGGUGAGAACGACUUUAAGAUCUUUUUCAUCGAGUCCGUGUGCGACGACCCCAGCGUCAUCGCGUCGAACAUCAUGGAAGUGAAGGUGUCGUGCCCAGACUACCGGGACUGCAACAAGACCGACGCCAUGUUGGAUUUCCAGAGGAGAAUUGAAUGCUACAAAACCAGCUACCAGCCUCUGGACCCCGAUCAGCACGACAGGGAUCUCUCCUUCAUCCAGGUAAUAGACGUGGGCCGGCGUUUCCUCGUCAACCAAAUCCAGGAUCACAUCCAGAGUAAGAUCGUCUACUACCUGAUGAACAUCCACGUCCAGCCCCGCACCAUCUACCUGUGUCGGCACGGAGAGAGCACCGACAACCUGGAGGGGCGGCUGGGCGGUGACGCGGGCCUCUCGCUGCGGGGCAAGCAGUUUUCGUCUGCUCUGGCUCGGUUUGUGGAGGAGGAACAGCAGCCGACGGGCCUGAAGGUUUGGACCAGCCAGCUGUGUCGCAGCAUCCAGACCGCGGAGCACCUGGGAGUCCCGUACGAACAGUGGAAGGCUCUCAAUGAGAUCGACGCUGGGAUGUGUGAAGAGAUGACGUACAACGAGAUGAAGGAAAAAUUUCCAGAGGAGUUUGCUUUGCGAGAUGAAGAUAAAUACUACUACCGCUACCCUGCUGGAGAGUCCUACCAGGACCUGGUCCAGCGGGUGGAGCCGGUCAUCAUGGACCUGGAGAGGCAGGAGAACGUCCUGGUUAUUUGCCACCAGGCCGUCAUGCGCUGCCUGCUGGCCUACUUCCUGGAUAAGAGUGCAGAGGAGAUGCCCUACCUCAAGUGUCCCCUCCACACGGUGCUGAAGCUCACCCCGGUGGCCUACGGGUGCAAGGUGGAAUCCAUUUCUCUGAAUGUGGAGGCGGUGAACACCCACAGAGACAGACCGGAGGAGGUUAGAUGGGGUCCUGGCAGCUUGAUCAGGCGGAACAGUGUGACUCCUCUGACCAGCCCCGAGUCAAACAUCAAGAAACCUCGCAUCGACGACCUAGACGAGGCUCCGAUCCAGGAGCUGCCGCCGUCCGUCGCUUCGCUGGCACUCUGCAGCCCCUCACACCUCCCUCUUGCCCUGGCCGGACAGAAACUGAGGAGAAACUCAUCUGUCCUCCGGGACGUCCUGCAGCCCUGCCAAUGAAACUGCACCGAAGUUAUCGCGUGGCUCUGGAAAGUGGAUCGCUGAACAUGCAACGGCAAGGAAUACUGAAUCAAAGCUAUUUGAUUUAGUAGUUUGAUUUGUCGGCCAAGGACUCAAGUAACCAUACUUUUUAUUAUUCAAAAAGGAUCAUGAGUAUUUAAUUGCUGUCCCAUCAGAUAUUUCUGUUCAAAGACAUGUCUUUUAGAAGCAAGACCCUUUAAGUUAUCCCCCUCUUGCCAUUGUCAGACAUUUUUUUCCCCGUCUCUUCUGGGAGACUCUUAAUGUCACAAGUACGAUGGACUCUGACAGUCAUGACUGUUGCAUCUCCCGGCUCAGAGAGCUCUCUGGGAAACCUCUUUUUCCUGGUUCAUUAUUUUGGAGAGACCAAAGACCAACCCUCACGGCGAGGUUAAGUCUCUCAGCCCAUCCUAUUUUUUCAACUUCUGAUUGCACUUUUAAUACAAAAGAAAAGACAAAGGAUAUCGAUUUUUAAGUUUACAUUGUAAACUCUUUGGCACUUCUUCGGAAGCACUUGUUUUUAAUGCACUUUUUUUUUUCUUCUUCUAAAACGUGUGCAAAGAAAGAGCGUUAUGAUUUAAUGCUUUGUUAUUUGACACUAUAAAAUAAGCGAUUUAUUUUUGCACAAUGGGGAUGAAUUUGUAUUUGUUUUUUUUUAUGUCACUGUGUGUUUUCUCUUCACGUCACGGUAAUGAUUUUUGCCGUAGAGUGCCUGUAGAGCUUGUUUUGCAAGCCUGACGCCGCUUCUCUUGCUCGAGAAGGGCCACCACGUGUCACCUAAUAACUCCACAUAUCACGUCGAUAUUUAACUUUUCACAGUUUGACUAUUUAUUGGGUGUAGUUCCGACGCUACAGCGCAUGCCGAUCAUUUGACAGUGUUUUUAAUUCUCAAGAUAAUUUCCCACGAUGUCCUUUUUGCUGCCAUGCUACGCACGAAUGUAAGCACCUAUAUUUUUCUGAUAACAAUGCGGGCUGUUAAUAUCUUUGAGUGUACAUACAGGAUAACUGCAUAUAGGAGUCUUUUGAAGAGCGUGUAGAAGUAUUUUUGUACUAAUGGAAGGCUGAUCUGUUGAAGCUGCUGCUCGCCUCUCAGUAAAACUUUUGUUAACAUUUCUGCUCGAGAUACUUGAAAAUGUGUUUUUUGUAAAAACAGUUUUAUUAUAUUCUUUAUUUAUUUGUAUGUAGUUUUGGAUGCUCGGAGCGAGAGGCACCUUGUUUUAAUUAAUCGUAGGACCGCAUGAGAGGAAGGUAUGUUUUACAGUUGAUUUAGCAUCUGCUGGACCAAUAAAUGAACUGGAACAUUU